AUGAAGAUUGGAAAGGAGCACAGACAAAGGCAAGUUCUGUUGAUCUUUCUCUUAUUGGGAAUGGCUGAGGCGGGCUGGGAACCCCGCCAUUACUUUGUAUUGGAGGAGACACCCAGCGGCACGUUUUUGGCUGAUCUGCUCAAGGACUUAGGGCUGGGAGUUGCAGAGCUAGCUGCUAGAGGAGCCCAGGUGGUCUCUGAGGAUAACGAAUCCCGCUUGCAGCUUGAUCUACAGACUGGGAAGCUAAUAUUAAAUGAAAAAUUGGACCGGGAGGAGCUGUGCGGCCCCACUGAGCCCUGUGUCACACAUUUCCAAGUGUUACUGAAAAAACCGCUGGAAAUAUUUCGAGCUGAGCUACGAGUGGGAGACAUAAAUGAUCAUUCUCCCAAGUUUCCUGACAGAGAAAUGACCAUGAAAAUCCUGGAGAGUAGCUCUGUUGGUUCUGUGUUUCUACUUAAAAGCGCUCAGGAUUUGGAUGUGGGCAACAACAGCAUUCAGAACUAUAGCCUCAGUACCAAUUCCCAUUUCCAUGUUUCUACCCGAGACCAAGGUGAUGGGAGGAAAUACCCAGAGCUGGUACUGGACAAAGAGCUUGACCGCGAGGAGCAGGCAGAGUUCAAAUUAACUCUGACAGCGCUGGAUGGAGGUUCUCCGCCCAGGACUGGCACCUCACAAAUCCGGAUUAUUGUCUUGGAUGUCAAUGACAAUGCCCCUGAGUGUGCGCAGGCUCUCUAUCAGGUGCAGAUCCUAGAGAGCAGCCCCGUGGGUUCCCUGGUUGCUAAGGUCUCAGCCGAGGAUUUAGAUGCUGGGACAAACGGAGAAGUAUCAUAUUCCUUUUUUCAUCGGUCUCAGGAGAUGAGUAAAACUUUUGAGCUAAACGCCCUGUCAGGAGAAGUUCGAGUAAUUAAAACACUGGACUUCGAGACAGCAUCUUCGUAUGAAAUAGACAUAGAGGCAUCUGAUGGCGGAGGGCUUUCUGGGAAGUGUUCUGUUUCUAUUCAGGUGGUGGAUGUCAAUGAUAAUUACCCGGAACUAACUAUUUCGUCGCUCACCAGCCCCAUCCCAGAAAAUUCACCAGAGACAGAAGUGGCUCUAUUUAGGAUCCGGGACCGAGACUCUGGGGAAAAUGGAAAGACAGUUUGUUCCAUCCAAGAUGGUAUUCCUUUUGCACUGGAACCUUCUGUUGAAAACUUCUAUAGACUGAUGACAGAGAGCGGGUUAGACAGAGAGAGCAGAGCUGAGUACAACAUCACCAUCACAGUCACCGACAUGGGCACACCCAGGCUCACAACCCAGCACACCAUAACAGUGCAGGUCUCUGACGUCAAUGACAACGCCCCCGCCUUCACACAAAGCUCCUACACCCUGUUUGUCCAAGAGAACAACAGCCCCGCCCUGCACAUAGGCACCAUCAGCGCCACAGACUCAGACUCAGGCUCCAAUGCCCACAUCACCUACUCGCUGCUGCCCACCCACGACCCACAGCUGGAUCUCGCCUCGCUCAUCUCCAUCAAUGCCGACAACGGUCAGCUGUUCGCGCUCAGGGCGCUGGACUAUGAGGCCCUGAAGACCUUCGAGUUCCACGUGGGCGCCACAGACCAAGGCUCGCCUGCGCUCAGCAGCCAGACGCUGGUGCGCGUGCAGGUGCUGGACGCCAACGACAAUGCGCCCUUCGUGCUCUACCCGCUGCAGAACGCCUCUGCGCCCUACACAGAGCUGCUGCCCAGAGCGGCAGAACCCGGGUACCUGGUCACCAAGUUGGUGGCUGUGGACAGUGACUCAGGACAGAACGCCUGGCUGUCGUUCCAGCUACUGAAGGCCACGGAGCCCGGACUGUUCAGCGUGUGGGCUCACAGUGGCGAGGUGCGCACCUCCAGGCUGCUGAGCGAGCGCGAUGCGCCCAAGCACAGGCUGCUGCUGCUGGUUAAGGACAAUGGCGAUCCUCCGCGGUCUGCCAGUGUCACUCUUCAUGUGCUGCUGGUGGAUGGCUUCUCUCAACCCUACCUGCCUCUGCCUGAGGUGGCGCGCGACACCAUGGGCUACAAUGAAGACCUGCUCACGCUGUACCUGGUCAUUGCCUUGGCGUCUGUGUCUUCGCUCUUCCUCUUGUCUGUGCUGCUGUUUGUGGUGGUGAGGCUGUGCAGGAGGGCCAGGGCGACCUCGCUGGGUGGUUGCUCUGUGCCUGAGGGACACUUUCCUGGCCACCUGGUGGAUGUCAGCGGCGCAGGGACCCUGUCCCAGAGCCUCCAGUAUGAGGUUUGUCUGACCGGAGACUCUCAGAGUAAUGAGUUCAGAUUCAUGAAGCCGGUGUUUACCAAUAUUCUAAACCAAAACUCUGAUGGGCAAUCAGAAGAUUAUCCACCCUUCUCGAGUAUUUUAGGCAUGUGA